CAACUCAGUUCAAAUUCUGGUUCGCUUCUUUUACCUCGGAAAUCAAAAGCGUUCUUAAAAACAUUUAAUAAAAAUUGAAAUUCAUGGAAAAAUAAAUUAUGUAAAAUCAAAAAGGGAUAAAUGUGAUGUUGAUAGGAGUCGGUGGGUGGUUGUUGUGAGUGAGGAAUAACAGUAUGCGGAAUGUGUAGACGGAUUAUUUUACAAAAUAGUGGACAACAAAGCAAAUUAACGGAAUCAAUGUAAAGUAUAAAGCAAAUUUCAAAUUUGUGGGAUUUUACCUAGGGACCGAACUUAUUGAAUUUCUUAAUUUCAAGUUUUGAAGAAAUAAGAAAUUGUAGAAUAGUUUUUAUUUCUUGGGGAACAACAUAAUGUCUAACGUGAGAGAAAGUGAUACAUCUUUAUGGCUGCAUAACAAACUCGGGUCAAAUGAAUCCUGGUCAGGAGGAACAAUUAGUUCUCAACUUAAUCCUGAAAUUUUAAGAAAUAUUAAGGAUUGUUUUAUCGACCUACAAACACCUGUCAAGCUGAAAUUAUUACUGUCGUUUUUUCAUAUUCCUAGAAGAAAUAUAGACGAGUGGCGUUUAGAGUUGGAAGAAAUUAUAGAAGUGGCACAAUCAGACAGUGAACAAUGGGUGGCGAUGUUGGCCGAAAUUAUGAAGCCUUAUCCUUCUUCGGCCAGCCUUAACCAUGAUAUUCAAGAGCCGGAGGAAAAUAGAAGGAUUUUUCUAGACCUGUUGGACGAUGUCACGCAAGAAUUAAAACGAGGAAAGGAUUUAAAUCUACUUCCGCUAGAGUGUUUAUAUCUUAAUAAGAAUGCCUUAGCUACUGUUGUUGGACAACAGAAAAGUCCGGUGAAACAUUUUUCCUUGAAAAGAAAACCAAAGUCUGCACUUCUCCGAGCAGAGUUAAUUCAUAAAGCGAACGAAACUGCAAAGACAAGUGCUAAAAAGAUUCCUGCUCCCACAAUUCCCCUUAGAACCAGAGGCAUGCCAAGGAAAAUGACUGACACGACCCCACUAAAAGGAAUUCCUAGCCAUGCCACCACUAGACCUGUGCAAAUAUCUUCCACCUCCGCUUCCCGAACCCUUUCUCGCACUUCCGCUGGAAAGAAGGAGGGUGGUGUUAAGCUGCUCGAAAUCACGGAACAACCAAUGGGUUACGCCUUAGCAAAACGGCGCAAGAAGAUGCAAGAAGAAGAAUCCAAAAAGACAAGCGCCACCGAAGAAUCGACCAAUGCUAAUGAAACACCUGACUAUGCAGCCGGCUUAUCAUCUAUCUCAAAUAUCCGUCCUCCCUCACCACCCCCACCGACUCCUCUUAUGCCUCCCCCAACUCCGUCACCUUACCAACCUCCAACCCCACAGCCACUUAUAGCCCCUCCCACUCCAAUGGUCUCAAGUCACCAGUACUCCCGAAUCCCAGACGGACCCCCACCAACGCCUAAUCCUCAACUUGGUCAUGAUUCCAUGACGAAUAGUUAUCUUCCUCCAGCGUUGGGAGGAGUUAGAAAGAUUGAACCGGCCCCAGCACCACAACCUAUGACAAAAACAGUAAUUUUACAAGUACCGACCAAUCAACCCCAACAGAUAGUUACAUUAUCCAAAGAGUUAAUGGAAAAGGCCCAAGAAAUUUUCAGAACGGCUAACAAAGCAACACGUCCUGAGAAAGAGCAUAUUCUAAAAUUCAUGGCUGGAACGAGAGAUAAUCCCUGUCCAGAGCUGGGCAGCAUUGUCACGAUAAAACUGAGCGAGCAUGAAGAACAGUUGCGCCAAAAGGAUGGUGCAAUUAUCCCAUUCUCCGUUGAGACUCAUUUUCAAAUGAAUUAUAAUACAGGAGAGUGGAAGGUGAUACAAAAGCCACCCAAAAUGGACAACGUUUCACACUCUUUGAUGCAAGCAACAGUUUGAAAUUUUAACCUUGAAUAAUAUACCAAUUGAUGCCAUUGAUGGCGUCUUAUAUUUAUGAUAAGCUCAAGAAAGAUGCAAGAAAAUAGUGUAUUAAACUAAUCGUGACAGAAUAUAUUAUUAAAUUUAAUUAAAGGAUAAUUUCCAAGA